AUGGCAGCUGCCAUAAAGUUGGAGAGUAAUGACGGCGAGGUUUUCGAUGGUGCAAUUAACGUUGCCCGACAGGCUUUAGAAAUCAAGGCCGAGUUAGACGUGCGUGGCCACAAAGAUGGCGACGACACCACUUUGCCUGUGCUAAAUGCAAAUGGCGCGACGUUGAGAAAGGUGAUUACAUGGUGUACGCGGCACCAGAACGAUACGCCAGUGCAAGAGGAUGACUCCCUAGAAACCAAAGAUAGCGGUGCUGACAACAUUGACAGCUGGGACAAGGACUUCUGUGACGUAGACAAAGGAACCCUCAGUCAGCUCAUCCUAGCUGCGAAGGACUUGAACAUCAGGUGGCGUACCCAGCUGCGCUUGGGAGCUGACAUGAGUGAGGCAAUACCGAUCCGGCGAGGCAUUUCCCAAGGUGACUCGUUAUCCCCUCUGCUCUUCUGUCUUGGAUUGAAUCCAAUAUCAGGUGAACUCAGCAGAAGUGGCUUUGGAUAUGCGUGCGGACUUCAGCGGACAACAACCGUAUCCCACUUAUGGUACAUGGAUGAUGUGAAGCUGAUGGCCGCAACCAGUAAGCAGCUUAACUCAAUGAUCAACAUAGUAUCGUGCGUUGGGAAAUCCAUUGGAAUGGAGCUUUCUCCAGCAAAGUGUGCUAAGCUUGUGUGCCCACAUGGUGCUGUUGAUCCGGAUCAGCCAGCAACUGUCACUGUGGAUCAAGCCUCCAGCAUUGCCUCCUUGGCGGACGGCUCCGUGUAUGCCUACCUUGGCAUAAGGGAGUGUUUUGGCAUGGCGGAACAGUCUGUUAAGGUGGCCACCACCAAAGAGUUCAGGAGGCGAUUGCGGCUGGUGACCCACACAUCUCUCAACGCCUGCAACCUCUCUCGUGCUAUUAACUCUUAUGUCAUCCCAGUGCUGUCGUAUGGCUUGUGUAUUGUGCCAUGGACGAAGGAUGCUAUUGCAACCUUCGACAGGAAUGUCCGAAGUGCGCUCCGCGCAGUGGGAGCACACCACCCACGAUCUUCCACUAUCCGCUUUCACCUGCCGAGAUCUGAGGGCGGCCGAGGGAUUGUAUCGGUUGAGCACCUGCUGGAGAGGAAAUACAUCCGCCUGUCUAGGUAUCUCCAGGCGCACUCUGACCUGCCGCUGAUUGCUGCGCUGCAUGCUCAUCAUGAAAAUCUUCCGCCUACAAAGUCGAUCAUCUCCCGGGCGGCCACGGCAAUGGAGCACUUCAACAUCCUGGACAUCGGAGGUGCAACAACUGACGUUGUUAAGUCUGCUAUCAGAACCACCACCCAAGCUUCUCUGCGGCAGAAGCCACUGCAUGGUCGCUAUUGGCAGAGGAGUGGCGGUGUAUUGGACAUGCCUCUCUCAUUCAACUUUCUAAAGUCUCCAACAUUGCGUCCAUCCACUGAGUCAUCCGUAUUUGCUGUUCAGGAUCAGGUGGUUAAUACCAGGAACUACGAGAGAUCGGUUAUUGGCGACACUUCCGUGGUGGACGUGUGCCGUUUGUGCGGAGGUCCGGGGGAGACUGUUGACCAUAUUUUGGCAUGCUGCCCCGUGUUGGCACGGACGGCAUACAUUACUCGCCAUAAUCGUCUUGCCGCUAUAGUCCACCGGGCACUCUGUCAUCGCUACAAACUGGUAUCUCCUGCUCCCCCUGGCCACUUGCCACACUACGUCGAGGAUAGUGAAGGCCGUAAGUUAAUGUGGGAAAUGCCAAUCCCUACAGAUAGGAUGGUUGGAGCAAAUCGGCCGGAUCUUGUGUGGGACGAUGGCAAGUCAGUCCAACUUAUUGAUGUCAGUGUGCCACUGGAUCAUAGAGUAACACUAAAACAUGCUGAAAAGAGAGCGAAGUACUUGCCCCUCGCAGUGGAAAUUGGGCAGAUUUGGCAGCGAGAGGCAGUGUCCGUAGUGCCCAUUAUAGUUGGUGCUCUUGGUGGCCUGACGAAGGAAGCGGCUACCUUAAUUAAGCAGCUAUGUGGAGAAGAGCGGCACCUUCAUGAACUGCAGCAGGCUGCUAUCCUUGGCUCGAUGGCCAUUCUAAGAUCUGUUUUGGGUGCAGCAUAG